CCCACGGGCUGUCUGUCAGUUUUGAAGGAAGAUGGCAGCGCACAUGUCGUUUUUGCUAGCGAGGUCCCUUGUGAGAUAUAUAAAAGACAGCAGUGUCUCCGAACGGACGUGUCGUAGAGUAUUAAAGCUAGCCAGAGGUUGUUCCAUGUUAUCUCCAGGAUAUGUUUCUCAGUCAGUGAUCCGAGAUGGCACCAUGCACAGAGGACCCAUCGCCCAUUACAAUAAAUUAGUACACUCUGGGUUGCUGCAUGAGGACAUUCAGCAGAAAGCUGCACUUUGGCAGUUAGAGCAGUUGCUUGGAGUGAUAGCAGGAUACACCAAUAUUCCCCUAUCUCUCCCACGGCCAAAGGUAAAGAAGAAAGACAGUAGCUUAGAUGAUGAACGGACCAAAGUCUUGGAAACAGAGAAUAGAUUUAUAACAAUGAACAAUGAAAAAGAUGGACAAGCAUCACACCGUAACUCCUCUGAAGAAGUUACGUUUACGGAAAAACAUCAGCAAAUAGACAAGGAAUGUAAUGCAAAAAAGGAGCCUGCAAAGCCACCUCCACCUCAGGGAUGCUAUAUUCAUGGUGGUGUUGGUACUGGAAAAACUAUGCUGAUGGACCUGUUAUACUCUCAUGUGAAGAACAGCAGGAAAAAGAGGCUUCAUUUCAACAGCUUCAUGCUAGACAUACAUAGAAGAAUCCACAGAUUGAAACAGAGUCUGCCGAAACGACGGAUAGGCGAAAUGACAAUGUAUGAUCCCAUCUUUCCUGUUGCCAUGGAGAUUGCCACAGAAACCUGCCUCUUAUGCCUGGAUGAGUUUCAGGUGGUGGAUAUAGCAGAUGCUAUGAUUCUGAAGCAGCUUUUUGAGGGCUUGUUUUCAUGUGGCGUGGUGCUUGUGGCCACCUCAAACCGCCCACCAGAAGAACUCUACAAAAACGGGCUUCAGAGAGCUGCUUUUGUGCCUUUCAUCGGUGUGCUCAAGGAACAUUGCCACAUAAUCGGUUUGGACACUGGAAUAGACUAUCGCAGGAGGGAGAAGGUGCCUCCAGGAAAAUUCUAUUACAUAUCGAGUGAACCCAAUGCAGAGGUUGCCGUGAAUACGCUGUUCGAUGAAUUGGCUUACAGGCAAAAUGAUGUAACCAGGCCAAGAGUGCUGACCGUGCAGGGCCGAGAAGUGACCCUAAGCCGCACUUGUGGAACCAUCGCUGACUGCACCUUCCAAGAACUCUGUGACCAACCAUUAGGUGCAAGCGAUUAUCUGGAGAUAGCACGUCAAUUUGAUACAGCCAUCAUCCGUAAUGUGCCUCGGUUGAAGGUUGGACUGAAAGACCAAGUCCGGCGCCUCAUUACACUCAUUGACAUCUUCUACGACCAGAAGGUGAGGGUGGUGAUGUUGGCUGAAGCCCCUCUGCACUGUCUUUUUGUCGGGGGUCCUCUAUCUGGAGAGGAGGAGCGUGACCGUCUAAUAUUAGAUGAGCUUGGCCUGACCAAUGAGUCAUGGAAGCGAUUGACACUGUUCACAGCCGAGGAGGAAAUUUUCGCCUUCCAGAGGACACUAUCCCGACUCACAGAGAUGCAGACUGAGCAAUACUGGGUUCAGGGAGAUCGAAAUCGGUUGUGAAAAAACAUAUUGCUACCUUUUGUGGGAUAUUUGAGUUGACAUCUGUAUUACUGUAGGAAAGUGCUACUGUUCUACACCUAAUCCAACCAUAAAGAAAUCUUUUCAGUCUUUUUAUUUUUUUUAAUAAAGGCUGCAUUUUUGUAGCAAACAAG